CGGUGCGCAAGCCGCCGCGCGCCAAGUUCGGGGCUUCAGACUAGCGCGGCGGGUCACGUGGCAGGCGCGCGGCCACGGCAGGUCGGCUGCUUUCGGACUCUGCUCGCGCCGGCAGGAGCGUGUGGCCUCGGUGUCUUCAGGCUGGUGCGCGCCCCGUUCCGGCAACUUCGAACCAGUGCAAUGGCGACUCCAGUCAAUGGGGCCCACGAGAAUGCUGACCUGUGGUCCUCACAUGAUAAAAUGAUGGCACAGCCCCUUAAAGACAGCGACACUGAGGUUUAUAACAUCAUUAAGAAGGAGAGUAACCGGCAGAGGGUCGGAUUGGAGCUGAUCGCGUCCGAGAACUUUGCCAGCCGAGCCGUUUUAGAGGCCCUGGGCUCUUGCUUAAAUAACAAGUACUCUGAGGGGUACCCAGGCCAGAGGUAUUACGGCGGGACUGAGUUUAUCGAUGAACUGGAGCUCCUCUGUCAGAAGCGAGCGCUGCAGCUCUAUGAUCUGGACCCCCAGUGCUGGGGGGUCAACGUCCAGCCCUACUCAGGCUCCCCUGCAAACUUCGCAGUGUACACCGCCCUGGUGGAGCCCCAUGGGCGCAUCAUGGGCCUGGACCUGCCCGAUGGGGGCCACUUGACCCAUGGGUUCAUGACAGACAAGAAGAAAAUCUCUGCUACAUCCAUCUUUUUUGAAUCUAUGCCCUAUAAGGUGAACCCAGAGACUGGCUACAUCAACUACGACCAGCUGGAGGAAAAUGCUCGCCUCUUCCACCCAAAGCUCAUUAUCGCAGGAACCAGCUGCUACUCCCGAAACCUGGACUACGCUCGAUUGCGGAAGAUUGCAGAUGACAAUGGGGCGUAUCUCAUGGCCGACAUGGCACACAUCAGUGGGCUGGUGGCGGCUGGUGUGGUGCCCUCCCCCUUCGAGCACUGCCACGUGGUGUCCACCACCACCCACAAAACCCUGCGAGGCUGCCGGGCUGGCAUGAUCUUCUACAGGAGAGGAGUGCGCAGUGUGGAUCCCAAGACUGGCAAAGAAAGCCUGUACAACCUAGAGUCACUCAUCAACGCCGCCGUGUUCCCAGGCCUCCAGGGAGGUCCCCACAACCACGCCAUCGCUGGGGUUGCUGUGGCCCUGAAGCAAGCCAUGACUCCGGAAUUCAGACUCUAUCAGCGCCAGGUGGUGGCCAACUGCAGGGCUCUGGCUGAGAGCUUGAUGGCACUGGGCUACACAGUAGUAACAGGUGGUUCUGACAACCAUUUGAUCCUCGUGGAUCUCCGUUCCAAAGGCACAGAUGGUGGCAGGGCUGAGAAGGUGCUAGAAGCCUGUUCUAUUGCCUGCAACAAGAACACCUGCCCAGGUGACAGAAGUGCACUGCGGCCCAGCGGACUGCGACUGGGGACCCCAGCACUGACCUCCCGCGGGCUUUUGGAAAAAGAGUUCCAAAAAGUAGCCCAGUUUAUUCAUAGAGGGAUAGAACUGACUCUGCAGAUUCAGAAUGAUGUGGGCAUCAAGGCCACCCUGAAGGAGUUCAAGGAGAAACUGGCAGGGGACGAGAAGCACCAACAGGCUGUCAGGGCUCUGAGGGAGGAGGUGGAGAGCUUCGCCUCUCUCUUCCCUCUGCCCGGCCUGCCUGCCUUCUAGAGGAGCCCACGGUCGCACCUGCCCCCACACCGGAGCACUGGGCCUGCCCAGGAGCCACCUGCUCAAGGACCCAGUGCCCUUCUGAGGAGAAAGAGCUGCCCCACACGGGACCUCACCGACUUCUUUGUGCCUCUUAGAUUUCUUUUUGGACUUUCAUCACAUUAUCUUCUUGAUAAAUCAAAAUUUGUUUAAGGACCAUUGUUAGUAAUUCUGGGACAAGUUCUUAAGGAAUUUAAAUUUGAACCUCACUUUCCCACAGCUAUAAAUACAGUUAUUCUGGAAAAAUGAAA